AUGGUGGAUCAGGGGAGUCCGGCGGCCAUGGCGGAUCACAGGACUCCGGAGGCCAUGGUGGAUCAGGGGACUCUGGAGGCCAUGGUGGAUCAGGGGACUCUGGAGGCCAUGGUGGAUCAGGGGACUCUGGAGGCCAUGGUGGAUCAGGGGACUCUGGAGGCCAUGGUGGAUCAGGGGACUCUGGAGGCCAUGGUGGAUCAGGGGACUCUGGAGGCCAUGGUGGAUCAGGGGACUCUGGAGGCCAUGGUGGAUCAGGGGACUCUGGAGGCCAUGGUGGAUCAGGGGACUCUGGAGGCCAUGGUGGAUCAGGGGACUCUGGAGGCCAUGGUGGAUCAGGGGACUCUGGAGGCCAUGGUGGAUCAGGGGACUCUGGAGGCCAUGGUGGAUCAGGGGACUCUGGAGGCCAUGGUGGAUCAGGGGACUCUGGAGGCCAUGGUGGAUCAGGGGACUCUGGAGGCCAUGGUGGAUCAGGGGACUCUGGAGGCCAUGGUGGAUCAGGGGACUCUGGAGGCCAUGGUGGAUCAGGGGACUCUGGAGGCCAUGGUGGAUCAGGGGACUCUGGAGGCCAUGGUGGAUCAGGGGACUCUGGAGGCCAUGGUGGAUCAGGGGACUCUGGAGGCCAUGGUGGAUCAGGGGACUCUGGAGGCCAUGGUGGAUCAGGGGACUCUGGAGGCCAUGGUGGAUCAGGGGACUCUGGAGGCCAUGGUGGAUCAGGGGACUCUGGAGGCCAUGGUGGAUCAGGGGACUCUGGAGGCCAUGGUGGAUCAGGGGACUCUGGAGGCCAUGGUGGAUCAGGGGACUCUGGAGGCCAUGGUGGAUCAGGGGACUCUGGAGGCCAUGGUGGAUCAGGGGACUCUGGAGGCCAUGGUGGAUCAGGGGACUCUGGAGGCCAUGGUGGAUCAGGGGACUCUGGAGGCCAUGGUGGAUCAGGGGACUCUGGAGGCCAUGGUGGAUCAGGGGACUCUGGAGGCCAUGGUGGAUCAGGGGACUCUGGAGGCCAUGGUGGAUCAGGGGACUCUGGAGGCCAUGGUGGAUCAGGGGACUCUGGAGGCCAUGGUGGAUCAGGGGACUCUGGAGGCCAUGGUGGAUCAGGGGACUCUGGAGGCCAUGGUGGAUCAGGGGACUCUGGAGGCCAUGGUGGAUCACAGGACUCCGGAGGCCAUGGUGGAUCAGGGGACUCUGGAGGCCAUGUCUGAGAAGAACUCCUGUUGA